GGCGACCCGGAAGUUUUCCCAUUUUGCGUCGUCUGGGCUCGGUGGCGGCCGGGCUCGGGGCAGACAUACUACCAUGGGGUCGUCAAAGAAGCACCGCGGGGAGAAGGAGGCGGCCGGGACGACGGCAGCGGCCGGCACCGGGGGCGCCACCGAGCAGCCGCCGCGACAUCGGGAGCACAAAAAACACAAGCACCGGAGUGGCGGUGGCGGCAGCAGCGGGGGCGAACGACGGAAGCGGAGCCGGGAACGGGGCACCGAGCGCGGGAGCGGACGGCGCGAGACCGAGGCCCGCAGCAGUGCGCACGGGCGGGAGCGCAGCCAGGCCGAGCCCUCCGAGCGGCGCGUGAAGCGGGAAAAGCGCGACGAUGGCUACGAGGCCGCUGCCACUUCCAAACCUAGCUCGGGAGAUGCCUCGUCACUCAGCAUCGAGGAGACCAAUAAACUCCGGGCAAAGCUGGGGCUGAAACCCUUGGAGGUCAAUGCUGUCAAGAAGGAGGCGGGCACCAAGGAGGAGCCCGUGGCGGCCGAUAUCAUCAACCCCAUGGCCUUGCGGCAGCGAGAGGAGCUACGAGAAAAGCUGGCAGCUGCCAAAGAAAAGCGCCUCCUGAACCAAAAGCUGGGGAAGAUAAAGACUCUCGGGGAGGAUGACCCCUGGCUGGACGACACUGCGGCCUGGAUCGAGAGGAGCCGGCAGCUUCAGAAGGAGAAGGACUUGGCAGAGAAGAGGGCCAAACUGCUGGAGGAGAUGGACCAAGAGUUUGGUGUCAGCACUCUGGUGGAGGAGGAGUUCGGGCAGAGGCGGCAGAACCUGUACAGUGCCCGGGACCUACAGGGCCUCACUGUGGAGCAUGCUGUCGACUCCUUCAGAGAAGGAGAGACAAUGAUCCUUACCCUCAAAGACAAAGGAGUGCUGCAGGAGGAAGAGGAUGUGCUGGUGAACGUGAACCUGGUAGAUAAGGAGCGGGCAGAGAAGAACGUGGAGUUGCGGAAGAAGAAACCCGACUACCUGCCCUACGCAGAGGACGAGAGCGUGGACGACUUGGCACAGCAAAAACCCCGUUCCAUCCUGUCCAAGUACGAUGAGGAGCUGGAGGGCGAGCGGACGCACUCCUUCCGUUUGGAACAGGGCGGCGUGGCCGAUGGCCUUCGGGAACGUGAGUUGGAAGAGAUCCGGGCCAAGCUGCGGCUGCAAGCUCAGUCGCUGAGUGCGGUCGGGCCCCGGCUGGCCUCCGAGUACCUCACGCCGGAGGAGAUGGUGACCUUUAAAAAGAUCAAGCGGAAGGUGAAGAAAAUCCGCAAAAAGGAGAAGGAGGUGGUAGUGCGGGCCGAUGACUUGCUGCCUCUUGGGGACCAGACUCAAGAUGGGGACUUUGGUUCCAGACUGCGGGGCCGGGGUCGGCGCCGCGUGCCGGAGGGAGACGAGGAGGCCCAGGAGGAGGAGGAGAAGGAGCCCGAGCCUCAGCCCCCGCAGUCAGAUGACACUCGGGUAGAGAACAUGGACAUCAGUGAUGAGGAGGAGGGCGGAGGGCCGCCGCCUGGGUCCCCAGAGUUGCUGGAGGAGGAUGAGGCGGAGCUGGAGCUGCAGAAGCAGCUGGAGAAGGGGCGCCGGCUGCGGCAGCUGCAGCAGCUGCGAGACAGUGGCGAGAAGGUGGUGGAGAUUGUGAAGAAGCUGGAGUCCCGCCAGCGGGGCUGGGAGGAGGAGGAGGACCCGGAGCGGAAGGGGGCCAUCGUGUUCAACGCCACGUCGGAGUUCUGCCGCACCCUGGGGGAGAUCCCCACCUACGGGCUGGCUGGCAACCGCGAGGAGCAGGAGGAGCUCAUGGACUUUGAACGGGACGAGGAUCGCUCGGCCAAUGGCGGCUCCGAGUCCGAUGGGGAGGAGAACAUCGGCUGGAGCACGGUCAACCUGGACGAGGAGAAGCAGCAUCAGGACUUCUCUGCCUCCUCCACCACCAUCCUGGACGAGGAGCCCAUUGUGAACAGAGGGCUGGCGGCCGCGCUGCUCCUGUGUCAGAACAAAGGGCUGCUGGAGACGACGGUGCAGAAGGUGGCCCGGGUGAAGGCCCCCAACAAGUCCCUGCCGUCGGCGGUAUACUGCAUUGAGGACAAGAUGGCCAUCGAUGACAAGUACAGCCGGCGGGAGGAGUACCGUGGCUUCACCCAGGACUUCAAGGAGAAAGAUGGCUACAAGCCCGAUGUUAAGAUUGAGUACGUGGACGAGACGGGCCGGAAACUCACACCUAAGGAGGCUUUCCGGCAGCUGUCCCACCGCUUCCAUGGGAAAGGCUCAGGCAAGAUGAAGACAGAGCGGCGGAUGAAGAAGCUGGACGAGGAGGCGCUCCUGAAGAAGAUGAGCUCUAGCGACACGCCACUGGGCACCGUGGCUCUGCUCCAGGAGAAGCAGAAGGCCCAGAAGACGCCGUACAUCGUGCUCAGCGGCAGCGGGAAGAGCAUGAAUGCGAACACCAUCACCAAGUGAGGCUGCCCUCGCUUCCAGUCCCUGCCCCGACUUUAAUAUUAAAUAAAGUUCCCUUUUUAUUUUUUCCUCCCUGGUCAUGGUGCAGAUUCCAGGGUUAGACCAGGAGGAGAGGCAGGCAGUGUCGGGAGGAGCAUCAACGCCACCCUCAGGCAGGCUAAGUGGUCCACUGUGUGACCUCAGGCAAAUCGCUGAACCUCUCUGAGCCUCAGUUCCACCAUUGUACAGGGCGUCUUACGAAGAUUAAAUGAGUUCAUUUUUUCAUCCAUUCGCCUGGAAUUUGGAGGUGAGAUGGCUGAGAGCCUGGUCUGUGCCAGGGAGGCCUGGUCAUCAGAAGACAUGAAUAACUAAACAAGAUGCAGGGAGAGAACCAGCCUGGACCCUCUAAGACAGUCCCCCCAACCCUGGCCACCAGCCAGCCGAAGACAGGCCAGUGGUUUAUGUUGUCAGCCCCUCCCCCACCACCCCUGCCACAGUAGCAUGGGACCUGGGCCAUUAUCAAAGGUCACGCUUUGUCUCCUGCAAGACAGGCUUUCUGGUAAGAAGUGGAGACUUGGGCACCUAGUUUCCAGUGCCACACAAGUCACUACCCGCCAGGCCCAGGACUGCCCAGCCUGGCAGGACAGGGACUGGGCGCUGUGCAGGGCGGAGGCGCCCCGUUGGUCUGCACGGAGAGAGAGCAUCGUGUCCUCAGGGUGGGAGUGCCUUAGAGCACCUCCCAGGAGACGUGUCCCAGGAACGGCUGCAGCGAGGAAGACGGGAGCCCUCGAGGUGAGCGCGGAGGAGGAGGCCUCAAGGUGCUGCUGAGGGGCCUCCAGGGCCCGGAACGAGGAGAAGGUGACCCAAGGCUCCCUUGGGGGCCAGACAGACCAGCGUCCUGCCCCCACCUGCACCCAGAUAUAUUCCAGAUGGUUCGGACUGUUUUAAAAGUGAGAAAUGUAAGCAAAGAACAAAAUACAGUUGCCUUACCCAGUCGCUCUGA